AGAACACCGUGAAAGAUCCUGAAACAUGCAAACACAGGCAAAUAUGGGGCACUGAGGGGAAGAGGAUUGAGGGCCUUUUGUUAUCAGAUGGGAAAUCAGCUGUUGGAGGAUCAUAUAAGCUUUAUAAGCAGCCCCUUCAAACAGGAAUAUCAGAGAAAGAAAAACAAAGAACAAAAGUGUUCAAGUGAAGCUGAAUUCAUCCGAGCAACAUGGAGUACACGUUCAGAGCCGUAACUCACAGCCCUGGGAUUAUAAUCUGGAGAAUCGAGAAAAUGGAGCUGGUGCAAGUCCCUGAGAAAUCUCAUGGAAACUUUUAUGAGGGUGACUGCUACGUACUUCUAUUUACGCAGAAGUUCAGCAGCUCUCUGUCUUAUGAUAUUCACUACUGGAUCGGCUCACAGUCCUCUCAGGAUGAACAGGGGGCGGCUGCUGUUUACACCAUACAGCUUGAUGAUUUUUUGGGCUCCACUCCGGUCCAGCAUCGUGAGGUUCAGAACCAUGAGUCGGGUGCCUUCAGGGGAUACUUCAAACAAGGAAUAAUCUAUAAGAAAGGAGGAGUUGCAUCAGGUAUGAGACACACUGAAACCAACACCUAUGAUGUCAAGAGGCUGCUUCAUGUCAAAGGGAAGAAAAGAGUGAUUGCCAAGGAGGUGGAGAUGAGCUGGAAGAGCUUCAACCUUGGAGAUGUGUUUUUGUUGGACAUCGGGAAGACUAUCGUUCAGUGGAACGGGCCGAAGAGUAACAAACAGGAAAAGCUUAAAGGCAUGUUGUUGGCCAAAGACAUCCGAGACAGAGAGAAAGGCGGUCGGGCAGAGAUCAGAGUGGUCGAGGGUGAGGCAGAGAGCAACUCUCUUCACAGCAUGAGGAUCCUGAAUGAUGUUCUUGGUGAAAGAACCUCCACGCUGACAGACGGAUCUCCUGAUGAAACCGUUGACCUGGAACAGAAGUCAAAGCUCACACUUUACCACGUGUCAGAUGCUGAUGGCAAGAUGAAGGUCACAGAAGUUGCUACCAGACCACUGGUUCAGGAUCUGCUCAACCAUGAUGACUGCUACUUCCUGGACCAGGGAGGGACGAAGAUCUAUGUAUGGAAGGGGAAGAAAGCAAACAAAGCUGAGAGACAGGCUGCUAUGGGCAGAGCUUUGGAAUUCAUCAAAGCAAAAAACUACCCCAUCACUACCAAUGUGGAGACGGUGAAUGACGGGGCGGAGUCAGCUCUUUUCAAGCAGCUGUUCAAGAGGUGGACAGUAAAGGACCAGACUCAAGGAAUGGGCAAAAAGCACACGAGAGGGAAAGUGGCUCACAUCACACAGGAGAAAUUUGAUGCCACUCUGAUGCACAGGAUGCCAGAAGUUGCUGCACAGGAGCGAAUGGUGGACAAUGGCACAGGUCAAGUGGAGGUGUGGAGGAUUGAGGAUCUGGAGCUUGUGCCCGUGGACCCUCAAUGGCACGGAUACUUCUAUGGAGGAGACUGCUACUUGAUCCUCUACACUUACUUGGUUAACAACAAGCAGUGUUACCUGCUCUACAUAUGGCAGGGGCGUCAUGCAACACAGGAUGAACUGGCAGCCUCGGCAUUUCAGGCCGUGGACUUGGAUCAGAAGUACGGUGGUGAACCAGUCCAAGUGAGAAUAACCAUGGGCAAAGAACCAAGACACUUUAUGGCGAUCUUCAAGGGUAAAAUGGUCAUCUUUGAGGGGGGCACGUCUAGAAAAGGAUCUUCUGACCCAGAGCCUCCGAUAAGAUUGUUCCAGGUCCACGGCUCUGACCCAUUCAACACAAAAGCCAUUGAGGUCCCUGCGCUGGCCACGUCUCUGAACUCCAAUGAUGUGUUUUUACUAAAGAGCCAAUCAGGAAUUUAUCUGUGGUACGGAAAGGGAUCAAAUGGAGAUGAGAGGGCCAUGGCGAGGGAGGCCAGCUCUGUGAUUGGCCAAAAUGGAUCAGAGGAGAUUGUGGCAGAGGGUCAGGAGUCCGUUGAAUUCUGGGAGUUGCUUGGAGGCAAAGCUCCAUAUGCUAGUGACAAGAGACUUCAGCAGAUGGUUUUAGACCACGAGCCACGUCUGUUUGAGUGCUCCAACAAGACAGGCCGAUUCAUCGUGACCGAGGUGACUCAGUUCACACAGGACGACCUCAGUGAGGAGGAUGUCAUGUUACUGGACACGUGGGAUCAGGUGUUUCUCUGGAUUGGUAAAGAGGCCAAUGAGGUUGAGCGCAAAGAAGCAGUGGUUAUAAGCCAAGAGUACCUGUACACCCACCCAGGCGACAGAGAUCAAGACACCCCCAUCGUCAUGGUGAAGCAAGGGUUCGAGCCACCCACCUUCACUGGGUGGUUCACAGCCUGGGAUCCGUCCAUAUGGAGUGGAGGAAAGAGCUAUGAGGAGUUGAGGAAGGAGUUUGGAGAUGCAGCAUCAACUGUUGACGUCACAAAUGAGCAGAACUCUGCUGAAAGGGAGAAAUACUUUCAGCCCUUUCCACCUGAAACUCUGGUCAACAAGCUCGCCAGUGAACUGCCUGAGGGUGUUGACCCAACCCAGAAAGAGAAACACCUCAAUGACUCCGACUUCAGCAACACAUUUGGGAUCACCAAAGAUGAGUUUGUGCGCCUGCCACAGUGGAAACAGCUUAAAAUGAAGAAAGAAAAAGGGAUGUUUUGAUAUUUUUAUUAUUACUUAAAGCCAUCUUUAAGUCUCUCUUUGUGUUCUCUCCCCUUAUUGAUUUUCCACUUGAUGAAUCUUUUUGUUAACCUAUUUGAGGGCAGGACUCAAUUUCUCUUCAUGCCCUGCAUAUACUGUGAUCCAUACAUUUGUCUCAAAUCACUGCAGUACAAGUCUAUACUGUGUGAUUUUUUAACCUGAUGUUAUACAAGGACACUUGUAGCUAUUGUAAUAAUAUUAUUUGUAAUCUCAAUGCGAAUUUUUUUUUUUUAAAACAGCAUUUUAUCCAACCCAGCACAGUAACAAAUACUUAAUUUACAGAGGCUACACUUUUAUAAACCUUGAGCUCAGUCAUAAACAGCAACUCAAAUGUCCACGACUCUGAUUUCCCUUUUAAGUAAACGUCUACUUUGCCAUCUGUUGGCCAAAUGAUAUUACAGCAUGUGAGGUUAAAUAAAAAUACUUAUGUUUAAAACCCCAAAGUUCCUUCACUUACCUGCAAGAGAGAGAGUGUGAGAUCUUAAUAUCAUUGAGUAAUGUGGAUAAUAUGAACAUUUGAAGGGUGUUUUUGUUUGUUUUGGUCUGUUUUUCUUUUUUUUUGGAAAACUCUUCACCUGUGUUAAUAUUUGUUUCUGUUUUGGAAAAUGAAGUGUGCAGAAUUAGCUGUUAGCAGUUCCUUUUUGCUAUUCAUCAUUAGAAGUGCUGACAAAUAUCACAAAUAACACAAUUACUUUUACACUCAAGUGUUCAAAAUCCUGCCUCAUUUGACCAUAUUCUCAGGAUCAGGAUGUCAUUAUCAGUUGUUUUUUUCACAAUUAUAAAAUCCUGUAAUUAUGAGAUAGUCAUAAUCUUGAGAUACGGAAUUCAUAAUUAUGAGAUAAUACAACACACUUCUGUAGGAAAGUGAUUCAUUUUUGAUUACUUUCAAUUAUAUUUUCUGUACAGUUUACAUUCAGUUUCGUCUAACAUACUCUGAAGGCACCACAAAAACUGUGCUGAUUUUCAGCAUCACAAACCUCCAAAACUCUUAAAGUAUUAUAUUUUCUUUAAAAGCUUCCUCUGACAUUCAUCUAAUCAUAAUAACUUUAGGAAUCAUUCUGGGGUUUGUUCACCUCCAUUUGUAAAACACAAGCCGAUGAGAAUUCUUGCAGGAAA